GCACGGAUAAACGGUACACAGACUGCGCGCAUCGGUCUAACACUGAACAGGCUGUUUUUAUGUUGGUUGGCAUUUCCAAGAAGAUUUGAUUCAGAUAGUUUUCUUUAUUUUUGUUUAAAAAAGCCUUCAUCCUCUCUCAUUUGAAAAAAUUAACCUUGAGUCUGCCUCUGGUGAUGAUUGAUGGAGCUCCGUGAACUUGAGACAUGACGGGACACGAGUGUCUCCUCUCGCAUUCACCUCGUCGGCGCCUUCACCUUCACAGGAAGGCGCCACAAACCACUAACCACCUUGACGUGUCUGCUGGACGGGCGACGCUGAUCACCGCAACCACCACAGGUCGCUUAGUUAGUCCCUGUCCUUUCCUGAAGUUAAAUGGGGGGAAAGGAACUGCGACACAGGCUAUGCAGCCACUAAUUUACCCCUGUUUGUGCGAUCAGCAGCUUUUACCUCAAAUCUGUUCUGUCUGACUACUCAUACGGGGCAUUUAUUUAUUUUUUUUUCUUCUUCUUUUCUGGACCCAAACGCAGAUCUGGCAGAAAAAGGAUCUCUUUACCAGAAUAAACUGACACACAGCGGCACACUGGAUGAGAAGACUAUGAGCUGACACACUCCAGUUUUUCUCCUUGGCUGCAACGGAUUUGGGUGUAUUUGUGGAAGAUUCCUGCUAUCGCAUGCAAGGAGUCACUGCCUGUAACAGCGCUGCACAGAAAGAAGCCGUUGAUUUCUGAAGGCUGGAAACACAUUAACACUGUCAUGGAUCUAAAAGACUAUUACCUGUUGGGUGCCCUGCUUGCCUGCAUAUGGCUAGAUCCCUCAAUAGCUCAAGAACUAAUCUACCCCAUCAGAGAGGAACUGCAAGAAAAUGUCCUCAUUGGAAAUAUACCAAAGGACCUAAACAUUUCCCAUACAAAUGCUGCCACUGGAGCAAGUGCUAAUCUUGUGUACCGGCUCGUCUCCAAAGCAGGAGAUAACCCACUGGUCCGUGUUCUGAGCAGUACUGGAGAGAUAUUCACAACAUCAAACCGGAUCGACAGAGAAAAGUUGUGCCCUGGUCCCUCGUUUGAGGACAGCGAGUGCUCCUUUGAAAUUGAAGUGGUCAUCCUGCCUAAUGAUUAUUUCAGGCUGAUUAAGAUCAAAAUAAUUGUGAAAGACACAAAUGAUAAUGCCCCCAUGUUCCCUUCCCCUGUGAUCAACAUCUCCAUCCCGGAGAACACCCUCAUUAACAGCCGCUUUGCCAUUCCUUCUGCCACUGACCCGGACACUGGCCCCAACAGUGUCCACAAAUACGAGCUGAUCAACGGGCAGAGUGCCUUUGGCUUAGACAUAGUAGAAACGCCUGAGGGGGAGAAGUGGCCCCAGCUUAUUGUGCAGCAAAAUCUGGACAGAGAGCAGAAGGACACAUAUGUGAUGAAGAUUAAAGUAGAGGAUGGCGGCAGUCCGCAGAAAUCCAGCACUGCCAUCCUUCAAGUUACUGUAACAGAUGUCAAUGAUAACAAGCCAGUGUUUAAAGAGAGUCAAAUAGAGGUACAUAUACCAGAAAACUCUCCCAUUGGCACCUCUGUUAUGCAGCUCCAAGCCACUGAUGCAGACAUAGGGGCAAAUGCAGAGAUACGUUAUGUAUUUGGGACUCAGGUUUCUCCUGCUACAAAAAGAUUGUUUGCAUUAAAUACAACAUCUGGCCUAAUUACAGUGCAGAGACCUCUGGACAGGGAGGAGACUGCUAUUCAUAAACUUUCAGUUUUAGCCAGUGAUGGCAGUUCAAGUCCAGCCAGAGCCACUGUUACCAUAAAUGUGACUGAUGUUAAUGAUAAUCCACCCAAUAUAGACCUGAGAUAUAUAAUCAGCCCCAUUAAUGGCACUGUUUUUCUCUCAGAGAAGGAUCCCAUCAAUACCAAGAUAGCCCUGAUCACAGUGUCAGACAAAGACACUGACAUAAAUGGCAAGGUCAUUUGUUUUAUAGAAAAGGAUGUACCCUUCCAUCUCAAAGCUGUCUAUGACAACCAGUAUCUGUUGGAGACAUCUGCACUGCUUGACUAUGAGGGAACAAAGGAGUACAACUUUAAAAUUGUAGCUUCCGACUCUGGGAAGCCGAGCCUGAAUCAGACUGCCCUGGUGAGAGUGAGGCUGGAGGAUGAGAAUGACAACCCGCCUAUUUUUACUCAACCCGUCAUUGAACUGGCCGUCAUGGAAAACAACAAAAGAGACCUUUUCCUCACUACUCUUAGUGCCACAGAUGAAGACAGCGGGAAGAAUGCAGAGAUAGUUUAUCAGCUGGGGCCGAAUGCAUCAUUUUUUGAUUUGGAUCGUAAAACAGGGGUCCUGACUGCGUCCAGGGUUUUUGAUAGGGAGGAUCAGGACAGGUUCCUCUUCACUGUUACGGCUAGAGAUAAUGGCACACCCCCUUUGCAAACACAGGCAGCCGUUAUUGUAACUGUGCUGGAUGAAAAUGAUAACAAUCCUAAGUUUACUCAUAACCACUUUCAGUUUUUUGUGUCAGAGAAUCUUCCUAAAUACAGCACUGUGGGGGUGAUAACUGUGACAGAUUCAGAUGCAGGAGAAAAUGCUGCUGUCUCUCUUUCUAUACUGAAUGACAAUGAGAACUUUAUACUAGAUCCGUACUCUGGGGUGAUAAAAUCUAAUGUGUCAUUUGACAGGGAGCAACAGAGCUCCUACACUUUUGAUGUUAGGGCUGUGGACAGUGGCAGGCCUCCUUGCUCCUCAGCCGCCAAGGUGACCAUCAACGUUAUUGAUGUGAACGACAACACUCCCAUCGUCAUCUACCCCCCUUCCAACACAUCUUUCAAGCUCGUGCCUCUCUCCUCUAUCCCAGGAUCUGUGGUGGCAGAGGUGUUUGCUGUUGAUGGUGAUACAGGAAUGAAUGCAGAACUGAAAUACACUAUUGUGAGCGGGAACAACAAGGGUUUGUUCAGAAUUGACCCUGUCACAGGAAAUAUUACUCUGGAGGAGAAGCCAACAGUAACUGACAUAGGUUUACACAGAUUAGUGGUCAACAUCAGUGACCUGGGGUAUCCCAAAUCACUCCAUACGCUGGUAUUAGUAUAUCUAUAUGUCAAUGACACUGUGGGCAACUCAUCACUUAUUUAUGACCUCAUCCGUCGCACCAUGGAGACCCCAAUUGACCGAAACAUUGGUGAAAGUAGUGAACCAUAUCAAAGUGGUGACUAUUUAACUAUAAUGAUAGCCUUUGUAACUGGGGCCUUAGUGGUGAUUAUUGUCAUCUUUGUGACUGUGCUGCUGCGCUGUCGCCACGCUUCCAGGUUCAAAGCUGCACAGAGAAAAAAGCAAGGUGCUGAGUGGAUGUCGCCCAACACAGAAAACAAGCAGAACAAGAAGAAAAAACGCAAGAAAAGGAAAUCUCCCAAAAGCUCAUUGCUCAACUUUGUCACCAUAGAAGGAAACAAACCUGACGAUCCUGCCCACGAGCCAAUCAACGGAACCAUCAGUUUGCCCACUGAGCUGGAAGACCAAGGGAUUGGGCGCUUUGAUUGGAAUGCCACACCUACCACAACCUUCAAACCCAGCAGCCCAGACCUGGCUCGACACUACAAGUCUGCAUCUCCGCAGUCGGCCUUCCACCUCAAGGCCGACACACCGGUCUCAGUGAAGAAGCAUCAUGUGAUUCAGGAACUCCCAUUGGAUAACACAUUUGUUGGAGGCUGUGACACCCUUUCCAAGAGAUCCUCCACGAGCUCCGACCACUUCAGUGCCUCAGAGUGCAGCUCCCAAGGAGGGUUCAAGACGAAGGGGCCCAUGCACACCAGACAGCAGGGAACUUUAACUCGUGCCCGAACUGAACUGAACCCUGAAUAUCUGGACCUUCGUCCGCGAGCAGAGCUGAAUCCUGAAUAUUGGACCCCUUGCACCCCUUUAUCACAGCGGCGCGUCACGUUUCACCUGCCGGAUGGCUCUCAGGAGAGCUGCAGUGACAGCGGUCUGGGGGACCACGAGCCUGUUGGCAGUGGCUCCCUCCUCACACAACCUCUCCCUCUGGUGCAGGCGCAGGACGACUUCUACGAGCAGGCCUCCCCUGAUAAAAGGACCGAAGCUGAUGGCAACUCUGACCCCAACUCUGAUGGUCCUUUGGGGCCACGUGGCUUAGUGGAAGCAACAGAGAUGUGCACGCAGGAGUGCCUCGUCCUAGGACACUCAGACAACUGUUGGAUGCCCCCCACAUUAGGAACAUACCAGCAGCCGAAGUCACCGAUGUCCAGCUUUGGGUCUCAGCAGGAGUGGGGUCCAAAGGACAAACUCAUCAAUGGGCAUACCCUGUCCAGAACCUGGAAAAAUGAAAGUGGACGGUCAGAGCAUUUUGGUGAUAGGAAGCAGUUUGGGAGUGGAGAGGGACACUUCACCAACAGUGGCAUGGCUGAUAUUCCGUUGGUUAGUCUGAGGUCCUGCCAGUCAGCUUCCUGUCCAGACAACCCAAAGGACCAGCAGCUAUAAGAGGGACUGUGUUUGUGCUUUGAGGUGUCCUUGAAUCUGGACACAGAAAACAGGUGGAGCAUCCUGUCCAAGCUUCUCUCCUGUUCUAUUGUUUUUGUUCUUGUUUAGUAUUUUCCCACUUAAGUUGAUGCUUCUGCCAUGUGAUAGCCACAUGUACUGAGUAGGCCAGAAAAUAGUGCUUAUGCUGUGUUUUCUUCUAUGAAACUUGAUUAUGGCUCAACACAAAGUUUUGUUUUUUUUUUUGUUUUGUUUUGUUUUGUUUUGUUUUGUUUUGUUUUGUUUUGUUUUUGUGACUCUCUUCGGAUUUCUUCAGCGUGAAAUAACAUUUUCUGUCCAUUUCAUGUACGAAUUGGACAUUUGGAAGUAGGACUUCCAUAAAUCAAAGUAAAAGAGAGGAGAAAAAAAAAGAACUACCGGCUGACCAGUAUAUAAAAAUAUCUGUGGUGUGAUUGUUAUUGAGUUGUUCAGGACUAUAUUAAUCAACACAAUCAAAAAAGAAAUUGAAUUACAUUUCAACAAGCGUUGUUCUAAUAACACUGUUUGUGGACACUUGUUUAUUCUGUCAUUGUCUCUGUGUUUGUAAAUAAGACUUAUUAACCACAAUCAUGUAUCUGUAGUAUCUGCAGUGAAUAGGACAGUUCUUGACUGUUGUCAUCAUUACGGCUUGUCAUCAGAUUUGAGAUUUCAGCUGGAUAAAUAUCCUUAACAUGGCAACAAGAAAGCAUUUACCUAAUUCUUUAAAAACUCUACUGUUGAUUUGUUUGUAUUUUGUUUGUUUGUUUGUUUUGAUUUUUAUUGUAUUUUUUUUAAACAAAAUUAUCCCUGUAAUUUAGUCAAGUGUUUAGCCCAUAGACCAUGAUCAUUGCCAUGAAGGCAACAUUUUCCUAAAAAAAAGAAAAGAAAAAAAAAAACUUUGUAUGAAUGAUGUCAGUGCUCAAUAUGCGCAUUACAAAAAUGAAAGGUUCUAAAGGCUCUCUUCUAUAAACUGAUUUUGAAGGUGUUCAGUACGGUUAAAUAGCAAUAUAUUUGUAAAUGGCUAAAUGUUUUAUCUAACGUUGAUCUCAUUAUUGUAUAGAUUUUAUUCAAAUUGUGAUUUAACUGAGUCCAAUCUCUUAAUCGUACCUGCAAUUUAUUGACAUAUGUAUAUACAUAUAUAUAUAUAUUAUUUUCACAUGGACAAUUAUUUGCCACACAUAAGAAAACACAGGUUAAGAUUACACUUUAAUCACUGUGCCUUCAUGAUGUUUCUCCAAAUGAUGAAUUGUACUUAUUUAAAUGACUAGAACAUGUUGGCUACAAAGUAAAUCCUGUCUGAUAAUGAAAUGCCUAAUGCAUUAAAUGUUUGCCAAAUUUCAAGACAUAAUCACAAAGAUGUUAAAGUGCAAACCUAAAUCUUUGAUUUUGAGGAAAAACUAAAAGGCAUGUGCAGAUAAUGGGUCAGUCAUUAAAGACCAUCUGUCAUUCCACCAUCUGAUAAGGUUGCUUAUUUCCCACAGCAUGGAAGGCAAACACACAAAGGACUAGCAUGCUUAAAGAUAUAGCUUUUGCAAUUAACUUGAUCAUGUUUUUGUCUUUCUUUGUUUACUUUCUCCUUUUAUUUGGGUAAUGGGAGUGUAGGGGGUAGAAUUGAGUUGUGCAUUAAAGAAGCAUUCAGUUUGUAAAGCACUUUCAUAUUUAUGCCACAAUAUAAAAAAAAGUUAAGUGGGAUGGAGUGAUUUGCUUACCGCAGUAUGUUUGUCAGUCGUGAGGGUGUUUGACAUCACUGAUACUGAAACAGUUAAUCCUUGUUACUACUCUACAGGUAUACAGCUACUGCAAUAAAUGUUUUAAUUAUGUGUCUGCUUAA